CAAGAACCAAACCUAAGGCAUUCAUCACUUGCACCAAUCAAAAUCCUCUUCUAUCCAAAAAAGUCUUCUCUCAAAGUCCUCUUCCAUUAAAGUGAAUCAUGGCUUGCUGGUCUGCAGAAAAUGCCACAAAGGCCUAUCUCAACACUUUGAAAAUGGGUCAAAAGGCAAAAGAGCCAAAUGUAGCUGAGUUCAUAUCAGCACUAGCUGCUGGAAACAAUGCACAACUUAUGGUUGUGGCAUGUGCUUCUGCAGCAGACUCCAACACACUAGCCUUGGUUGCUGCUGCUCAUCAAACUGGUGGAAAAGUCAUUUGCAUUGUGAGUGGACAUGAAGAACUCAAUGCCUCCAAAAUUGCACUGGGAGUUGCUUCUCAUCAUGUUCAAUUCAUGGUUGGAGAAGCUCAGAAACUGCUUCUAUCAGAUAAAUUUGUAGCAGCAGAUUUUUUGGUCAUUGACUGUAACCUUGAGAAUCAUGAAGAGAUUCUGAAAGCAGUUCAAGAGGGUAGUAGGGAGAAAAAUGGCACAGUGGUUGUGGGAUACAAUGCAUUUAGCUGCAGAGGAUCUUGGUUGUCAUCAUGUGGAUCAAAAACAAAAACUCAGCUUCUGCCUAUAGGAGAAGGGCUUCUGGUAACAAGAUUUGGAGUAAGUGACAAUAGUCCCAAACAUGGUAGCAGAAUGGGGAAGAUGAAGAGCCGUUGGGUUGUUAAAGUGGAUAAAUGCACAGGGGAGGAACAUGUGUUUAGGGUCAGAUUUCCUCAUGGGAAAGUGAUUCAAGCUUAAUCAAAUUGUUGUUAACUUGUGCACAAACAAGACUAGAUUAUUAGCCCCAUCCAACUUCCUCUCUUGGCAAAAGUGAUGGAGUGCUAGAUUUUGCUUCUAUUGAGAAUCACUAGGAGUUAGUCUUAUUUUUGUAAUGUAUAUAGCAAAUUAUAAAUAUAUGUUGAAUUUAUUGGACAGA